CGUGAACGGCAGAACAUUUUGGACUUUGCUUUGGCCUCUGGAGUUGUCCUUCCGCCGCUGAAACGACAUGGCAGUGAAAUCAAAUCCAAUACAUCACUGCCCAGUUAAGAAUGCCCCCUCACAGUCGUUGCAUCUCAGACAACCUCACCUCUCAAUUUGGCUGCGUAAUGGAACUCCUUCUUCUUCGUCCGGCAUCUCGUUCUCGCUUCUUUCUUCUCAAUCUCAUCACCCCACUCCGCCUCGCCGUCCUCCGCCGCAGUCUUUAUGGAGCCCCAAGCUUCCCCUCGGAAGUCCUCCACCGCCCAAGUAUUCGGGUUCCCUCGAAUCCGAUUCACGGUCGGGUUACUAUUCCGAACCGCCUCCAGUUGUGGAGCAGCAAACAGGAAUUCUAAAGAUUCUGAAGGAAUCAAAUUCACUUUUGCCUCAUGUAGUCCUUGCUAGUACUCUGCUUGCUCUGAUCUACCCCCCUUCUUUCACAUGGUUUACGAGCAGAUAUUAUGCACCUGCGCUAGGGUUUUUGAUGUUUGCAGUUGGUGUUAAUUCAAGUGAAAAGGACUUCCUUGAAGCAUUAAACAGGCCAGAAGCAAUAGUUGCUGGUUAUGUUGGCCAAUUUCUUGUGAAGCCUUUUCUUGGUUAUCUAUUUGGCAUAUUGUCAGUAACUGUAUUUGGUUUGCCAACAGCAGUAGGCGCUGGAAUUAUGCUUGUGUCUUCCGUUAGUGGAGCCCAGCUCUCCAAUUAUGCUACUUUUCUAACAGAUCCACAGAUGGCACCAUUAAGCAUAGUCAUGACAUCAUUGUCCACUGCUUCAGCAGUUUUUGUCACUCCACUGUUAUCAUUGUUGCUUAUUGGAAAGAGGUUGCCUGUGGAUGUAAAAGGAAUGGUAUCUAGCAUCAUGCAGAUUGUAGUGGCACCAAUUGCUGCAGGCCUGCUUCUGAAUCGCUUCUUUCCUCAUUUUUGCAAUGCCAUACGGCCAUUUUUGCCUCCACUCUCAGUACUGCUAACAGCUCUCUGUGUUGGAGCACCCCUUGCAAUUAACAUUGAGUCGGUCAAGUCUCCCUUUGGAGUUACUAUCUUGUUGCUGGUUGUUGCUUUUCAUAUGGCAGCGUUUGUAGCUGGUUAUAUGUUUAGUGGACUUCUCUUCUAUAAAGCUCCUGAUGCGAAGGCAUUGCGAAGGACAAUUUCCUUCGAGACUGGAAUGCAAAGUAGCCUCCUUGCCUUGGCCCUUGCUAAUCGGUUUUUCCCAGACCCAAUAGUGAGCGUGCCUCCUGCAAUAUCUACUGUGAUUAUGUCUCUGAUGGGAUUCUCUCUCGUAAUGCUUUGGAGCAAGAGGAAAGACUAGGAAGUGGAUGGAAAUGCAGCGCCAGGAAGAUGGCACUGUAUUUGUGAAUUGUGACAUCCUUUAUUUUUGUGGGCUUUGGUAGAACUGUUGACUCUAGGAAGUGGGCAACAUGGUGUGAAAUAAUGUGCAUAUAAACUAUGAAAACAAUAUUGAAAAUUUUAGGCAGAAGCCUUUGAAAAUUGCAAUCGGUCGCCUCUGCAAUUUACAAACAAAUUUAGGGAGAAUUACAAUAAGGUUU